CCCAGCAAACAUGUCUGAGGAUAUUCUGCUUGUUCUCAGCAUAUGUGAUGGGCGUCACCUGCCAGCGCCACCUGGCUACAGCCUGCUGGCAGAGGCUAAGUUUGACCACCAGAUCCUGCAGUCGGACCCAGUGCCACUGGCGUCGCAUGUUGACUUCAACAGUGAGCUUGCCUGGGAGACAGACAGGAGGGCGCUGCAGCAGCACCGCCUGCACAAGAACCCGGUCAAGGUGGAGUUCUACGCCACGUCGGACGCCACCACCGACCUGCGCCAGCUGCUGGGAUACGUGGUGCUCGACACGCGCACCGCCAUCGAGCGCCAGACCGGAGCGGAGCCCGAAGUGAAGUGGCACCGCAUACUCGGCUGCCGGCCCAAGUCUGCACAUGAACUGCCGGCUGUCCAGCUUGGCCUCAGUCUGGAGCCCAACCCGACGGGCGGAAGCAGCGUCCUGGAUCCCACCAUCGACCUGUCGGAGACGGCGGGCAGCGAGCCGGAGCCGUGCGAGCCCUCCGACCCGCAGCCGGAGCCGGUGGUGCCCGUGCUGGACGAGCGACUGGGCUGCUUUCAGCUGGGGCCGCCAGCCGGGCCGCAGGAGCUCUUCACGCUCACGGUCAUCGUGGUGCACGCCCGCAACCUGGAGCUGCUGAUCCCACCCGAGGUGGACCUGCCGACCGGCACCGGCUUCAGCUUCUACUACAGCCUGCUGGGCUGCGACAUCGUCACCGACACCUUCAACAACAUUGUGCAGCCGCGGUUCCUGGCGGAGCGGGCGGUGACGCGUGUACGGGCGCGGCUGCCCGUGCUGCGCCGCUACCUGCAGCAGCUGGGCUCGAUCGACGUCCACCUCUGCUGCGGCGACCUCAGUCUGGGCAGCGCGUCAGUGCCGCUGGCUCCAGCCAGCUGA